AUGUGUUUAAGAGAGGAGAUAUCAUUAGAGCACUUCAAGAAGGUAUCUAUCUUCUUCGAUAUGGAUCCUGAAGAAACUCUCAAAAGUAUUCCAGAAGUUUCCCUUGAUAUCGUCGGCAACGAUAUCUCCAAGUACACGCCGUUGGCUGCAAUGUUAAUUUCCAUAUCAAGAAACCAGGAAAUUGUGGAUUACAUUAAAAACCGAGAAUUGAUGAACGAGUCCUGGUACAGAAGAGGUUCUCUUUACGAUAUAGAUGAAACUAGUUCUGAUGACACUUUGUUUUUCAUGAUCAAUCUCUCAAUGGGUGAGAUUUAUCUAUUAAAAAAACAAAAAAAAAAAGUCGUCUUUAGUUUAUGGCAGAUCAUGAAUUUGCCCGAGUUUUGCAGAACGUCCGACUACUUCAUGGUGUUCUGGGCUGUACCCCCACUGAAAAAUUGGAUGAGUUUGCGCAAAUACUUUUUGAUGAGGUUGAAGUGCUAA